GGAGAGGGGGCGGGCUUGCGGGAGGACCGGUUUCCGGCUCCGGUGGGUAUUCGAUUUAGCUUUGUGCUACGUGUCCCUGGGAUCUGUGGUGGCGACCGGCAGGCAAGCAUGGAUCAGGUAAUGCAGUUUGUUGAGCCAAGCCGGCAGUUUGUGAAGGACUCAAUUAGGCUGGUUAAAAGAUGCACCAAACCUGACAGAAAAGAAUUCCAGAAGAUUGCCAUGGCAACAGCAAUAGGAUUCGCUAUCAUGGGAUUCAUUGGCUUCUUUGUGAAAUUGAUCCACAUCCCCAUUAACAAUAUCAUUGUGGGUGGCUGAACAUCUUUUAGAAGAAUGUUUUUCUUCUUGGCAUCUUAGGGGCUGAAGAAGCUCAUGAAGUAAAAAUUUGCCUAUGUGCUUUGUGUUUUUCUUUUUCUUGUCCCCUGUUAAUGUGUUUUCUAUUUGUCAAUUAAAAUAAUUUCAGAAUAAACAAAUUUCUCUUAAGAU